CUGUGCCAUCUCAUUUCUUAGAUCUCGGAAUAGGUGAACGCUUCAACCUCUCUCUUCUCCCCAGUCUUCUUCUCUGAUCUCCCUCCGGCUUCUUCCGGCGAACGAUUCUCUUUUCAGUUCCAAAAAUUCACUGAAAAUUAAUCGGAAAAAUGUCACACAGCGAUACAAUACCUCUUCACAGCACAUCCCAAUCGGACAUUGACGAGAUCGAGAACCUCAUCAACUCCCACCCAUCCACCGUGCUCCCGGCGCGUCCGCCGUCCCCUCCCCGUGCUUCAAUUCCUGUAUCCUCCUCCCCCUUCAUCCCAUCUAAUCUCCCACCGCCUUCAUCCCAGACCAUCAAACCCGCCCCGGCCCCUCCCGUCACCCCACCUCCCCUUCCUCCUUCCUCCCGUCCCACUUCAGGGCAGUCUGGUAUUCCCUCUACUGGGUUCGGAUCUCCCAUUAACACACUUACUGAGCCCGUCUGGGAUACGGUGAAGAGAGAUCUGUCAAGAAUUGUCAGCAAUUUGAAGCUCGUGGUUUUCCCUAAUCCAUUCAGGGAAGAUCCUGGGAAGGCAUUACGUGAUUGGGAUCUAUGGGGACCGUUCUUCUUCAUUGUCUUCCUCGGUCUCACCCUCUCCUGGUCUGCAUCGGUUAAGAAGUCCGAGGUUUUUGCUGUUGCUUUUGCACUGCUGGCAACAGGUGCUGUGAUUCUUACAUUGAAUGUAUUGCUGCUGGGCGGUCACAUAAUCUUCUUCCAGAGUUUGAGUCUGCUCGGAUACUGUCUAUUCCCACUCGACGUUGGUGCUGUUAUCUGCAUGCUGAUGGAUAACGUAAUAAUUAAGAUAGUGGUAGUUGGGGUGACCUUGGCAUGGAGCUCUUGGGCUGCAUAUCCAUUCAUGAGUACUGCUGUCACUUCUAGUAGGAAGGCUCUUGCACUUUACCCUGUUCUUCUCAUGUAUGUAUCUGUUGGGUUUCUCAUUAUUGCGAUUGAUUAAUGUGUUGCUGUUGCUACUGACAGCAAAAGAGGUAUAUGUUUACCAACUCGAAUGAAAAUGUUGCAUACCGAUUUUGGUUGUGUUAGCUACUUAGCUUGACUUUCUAAACUGUAACAGAAUGUAUUUGUUCAAAUACUGGCAUACUAGUAAUACAUAUUUUCCUUGUAUGAACCAUACAUUUUUACUUUAA